GGGCCCUGGGAGGGGCGCAGCGUCCGGCGGCGUCGCGGGUGGCGGGCGGCGGGCGGCGGGCCGGCGGGAGGGGCGGCGGGGGCAGACAAAGCCGCGGCUAAUGAAUGGAAGCGCGUCGGCCCGGCGCCUUGCGUCGUUUGCAGCCGGGCGGGAGCCGCGCCGGCCCGAGUCCCGCGCCCGAGAUUCCUGUCCAGUGUGGACCCUGGAAUGUGAGCAGUUCUGGCAAGUGCAGCUGCCAGAAUGUCAGUAAUGGUCAGCACCAUGCUCUCCAUGUGUGCUUCUCUGCCUGGCAUCAGCCCCUCCAGCUGCCGGUCUCACUUUCCUCUUCAAUGUGACAGUCGCCUUACAAGGGCAGGGAAGCUGAUAGAGACAGAAAUCAAGAGAUGGGGGAGACCGAGAGACACCUGCAUCACUGCUUCACCACUUGUAAUGUGAAAGGACCAUCAUGCUACCCAGAGGACUGCGGUUGAUCUUGAAGAUGAAGAACAGGUCUCCACUUUGUAAAUUUGUGUCGACACUGUGAAGUAACUAACAGAGCUCCUGGCAGACGGUGGCGGCCUGUGUCCUGAUAUGAGAUGCUCAGAAGUCACACAUGCUCUUUCUCACUCAGAUGUCUGGUUAUUUACAAACAUCCCAAAAGAUAGUUCUGUUGAGGAAGAAAAAACUGAAUAAGCAGAACAUUUGGGGACACACAUGAGCACUUGGAUCCAUUUUUUUUUACCCACAUAAGAUAUUAACAUGAUGAGGUAGCCAGACAGUUAUGGUCAGUCAUGGAGAAUAGCCCAGAAACCUGCCCCAAAGGGGAUAGUGGUUUUGUUUCUGAUAAAAUAAGUUUUAAAAUAGAAGAAGAAGAUGAAGAUGGCAUUCCUAAUAAUCACAGUUUGGAAAGCGUGGACUUUAAAAAAGAGCAUGAGGGUCGGAAGCCAGCUGAUAGCGGUGAUGAACAGGCUGAAGACGGGGAAGCAAACCGCAGCCAUGCGCUGCCCGGAAGGCACCUGUCCCCUGACAAUGAGGAUGACUGCGGGGCCCUGUUCUCUCAGUACAGCAGCACGCUCUACAAUGUGGCCAUGGAGGCCGUCACCCAGAGCCUUCUCUCCAGCCGGAACAUCAGCUCCAGGAAGAAGUCUCCAGCUUGGAAGCAUUUUUUCAUCUCUCCUCGGGAUAGCACUAAAGCAAUAUGUAUGUACUGUAUGAAAGAGUUCAGCAGAGGAAAGAACGAGAAGGACCUGAGUACGAGUUGUCUCAUGAGGCAUGUGAGGCGCGCUCACCCCACUGAGCUCAUUCAGGACAACGGAAGUAUGGCAGCUCUAGCCUCUCUCUCUCCCCCUUCAUUGCUGCUCCCACCACAGCCUGCAGACGCCGGAGACUUGAGCCCCGUACUCUCACCCGUUAAACUUGUCCCCAAAAUGGCAUCUAAGAUUCCAUCCCCUGAUCAGAUAACCGAGGAAUCUAUGUCUUUAGUUUUGCCUGAAGAAGUCUCCUGCAAUGUGUCUGUCUCUGAGAAGUAUAGCAGGGAAGAAUCCCUGAGGGGAUUGCCUCCUCCCCUCCCCACACUCCAUUUUGAUGAAACUGUGGAGAACGGAACUGAGAAAAGCCUACCCCUCCCAAAGAGCACGUCUGGUUCCAGGAGAAGGUCAGCCGUUUGGAAGCACUUCUACCUGUCGCCUCUGGACAACUCCAAAGCUGUCUGCAUCCACUGCAUGAACGAGUUCAGCAGAGGGAAGAACGGGAAGGACCUGGGCACAAGCUGCCUCAUCAGGCACAUGUGGCGGGCGCACCGCUCCAUUGUGCUGCAGGAGAAUGGGGGGGGCACGGGCAUCCCACCCCUGUACUCGGCUCCGCCUACCCUGCUGCCUGCCCUGCCGUCUCUGGAAGGAGACCCCAACUCUCUGUCUUCGUCUCCAGGGAAGCUGGCCCCAGAGUCCCCCUCCGCCUCCUCUUCCCCUGACCGGCUACCUGAAGACCUGCAGUCGCAGCUGCACCCCGGAGAGGCACUGAUGGAAGAUGCGUCGGUGUUGUCAUCCUCUGAUGACGUUGGUGAGACCUCACUGGUGUCCUCUCCUGAGAAGCAGCAAGGCGACAGGUUGAGCCCUAGACUGUUUGAAUCUGGUGCUGUGUUCCAGCAGAACAAAAAGGUUAUGAAGAGACUCAAGUCUGAGGUGUGGCACCACUUUUCCUUAGCCCCCAUGGACAGUCUCAAAGCUGUAUGCAGGUACUGCAGCUGUGUCAUCAGCCGGGGAAAGAAGGGUGACGUGGGCACCAGCUGUUUGAUGAGGCAUCUGUACAGGCGCCACCCCCAAGUUGUUGGCAACCAGAAGGGCUUUUUAGGGGCAAGUUUGGCCAAUUCUCCAUAUGCUACUCUGGCUUCUGCAGAAAGUUCCUCCUCCAAAUUAACUGGCUUGCCAGCAAAGGUGACAAAAAAUAGUCAGGUUAUGAUUCCCGUUAAUAGUAAAAAGACCUCAAAGUUGUGGAAUCACUUUUCUAUAUGCUCUGCAGAUCCUACUAAAGUUGUGUGCUUGCACUGUGGCCGGACAAUAAGCAGGGGGAAGAAACCAACAAACUUGGGCACCAGUUGUCUCCUGAGACACUUACAGAGGUUCCACGGCAAUGUCCUGAAGACGGAUGUCCCCCAGACCACCCGCUCCUCUUCUCCAACCCCCCCAGUGCCCCCAAACUCAGAAUCAUCAGGAACUUCCUUCUUCGACAGCACCAGUGAGAAGUUUUAUGACUCUCAUCCAGUUGCCAAAAAAAUCACAAGUCUCAUUGCUGAAAUGAUUGCACUUGACCUCCAGCCAUACUCUCUUGUAGACAAUGUUGGCUUUAGCAGGCUGCUCGAAUACUUGAAACCUCAGUACUCCUUACCCUCCCCUUCUUACUUCUCCAGGACUGCGAUCCCAGGUAUGUAUGAUAAUGUGAAGCAGAUCAUCAAGUCGCAUCUUAGGGAGGCCGAGAGUGGUGUGGUCCACUUCACCUCUGGAAUAUGGAUGAGCAACCAGACCCGAGAGUACCUGACACUCACUGCCCACUGGGUCACCUUUGAGUCCUCAGUCCGUCCACACUGUGAGGACCACCACUGCUCAGCCCUUCUAGACGUGUCUCAGAUUGACUGUGACUACAGUGGCAACAGCAUACAGAAGCAGCUGGAAUGCUGGUGGGAAGCCUGGGUAACCUCCACUGGUCUUCAGAUCGGCAUCACAGUGACUGACAACCCCAGCAUAGGAAAGACACUGAACGAGGGCGAACACUCGAGCGUGCAGUGCUUCAGCCACACCGUGAAUCUCAUUGUCAGCGAAGCCAUUAAGAGCCAGAGAAUGGUCCAGAACUUACUUAGCAUCGCACGGAAGAUAUGCGAACGGGUGCAUCGGUCACCCAGAGCAAAAGAGAAGCUAGCGGAGCUGCAGAGGGAAUAUGAGUUGCCACAGCACCAUCUUAUUCAAGAUGUCCCAUCCAAAUGGAACACUUCCUUCCAUAUGCUUGAACGACUCAUUGAACAGAAAAGGGCCGUCAACGAGCUGUCGAUCGAGUGUAAUUUCAGAGAGCUGAUCAGCUGUGACCAGUGGGAGGUCAUGCAGUCUGUGUGUCAUGCCUUGAAGCCGUUCGAUGCUGCGAGUCAGGAAAUGAGCAGCCACGUGUCCACUCUGAGCCAGGUCAUCCCCAUGAUCCACAUUCUGAACAGGAAGAUCGAGAUGCUCUUUGAGGAGACGAUGGGCAUUGACUCCAUGCUGAAGUCUCUGAAGGAAGCCAUGGUGAGUCGAUUGUCUGCCACCCUUCAUGACCCCAGGUACAUCUUUGCUACACUGCUGGACCCUCGUUACAAAGCCUCUCUGUUCUCUGAGGAAGAGGCGGAACAGUACAAGCAGGAUUUAAUCAGGGAACUAGAAUUGCUGAAUUCUACCUCAGAUGACACACCUGUCUCCAAUGGGCAUGAGCCAGAGACCCCACCACAGAGCUCUGCUGGGGAGGAGAGCCUGUGGUCACUCAUGGCCAAGAUGAAAAAGACAGGCUCUCGGGAGAAGACCCGGGUACCUGAAGAUACGGUUCUGGCCUACCUGGAGGAGGAGGUGCUGGAACACAGCUGCGACCCCCUCACCUACUGGAACCUGAAGAGGGCAGCCUGGCCAGGCCUCUCCACUCUGGCUGUCAGGUUUUUAGGCUGUCCCCCGAGCAUUGUCCCUUCGGAAAAGCUGUUCAACACACCCACGGAGAGCAGUUGCUUUGGCCAGUCUAGGCUCAUGAUGGAACAUUUUGAAAAACUGAUCUUUUUGAAAGUGAACCUCCCCUUAAUAUGCUUUCAGUAUUGAAACUCAGAUGGAGCCACCAGACUCAAAUACUGUUGCUCAGUAGGCAUCAGCCACUUGUCCUGGGGCCAAUGGCUCGCUCGGGCGGGCCUGUGUGACGAGACCAGGCACUCAGGUCUAUGCGAAUUCCAUUGCCCAGCCCUCCCGCAGUGUCUGCUUGUGCCUUAUACCUUGUCCAUCAGGCCAGGUAUCACCAGGUUUCAUGGUGUGUGUUUUAGCAAGUCCAUUAGAAAUAACCUGUCUCGUCAAUUAUGAAAUAACGAUGAUUAGGUUUGAAUUUAUAACUGUCAAGUUUUUGGUUUUUUUUUAUAAGUUGGGGGUUUAGUAAUUUGUUUUACUAGAAUGGCUGAGAAGAUGUAAACAGUUUCAUUCUGUAGGCUUUUUAUUCAAUUAUGUAAAAACCACAAAUCAGGUACUGUAUGUUAGUUAAAAAUUGCUUUAAUUGCAACACAACAGCUUUCAUAGCUGUCAAAUGAAAUUUGUAAAUAGGAGGUGGAGUUCAAGCCAUCCUGACUGAGCAGGUUAUAACUGCAGGCACUAAAAUGUUGAACACAGAAUAUUCUGGAAGGUAACUUUUUUACUACUACAGAGAUGCAGAAUUUGAAGACAAAAUUAAAUGUUAGUGAAUCCUGGAUGUCACUUCAGUGGUGAUUUGGUGAAGAGGAUGUCCCGUUUUACGUUUUAUAUUCAGGUUCUUAUGGUCAGUUAAGGCAGCAUCCUCACUACCUGUAACAGGCCCCUUUAUGCCUGUUGUUCAGCCAGUACACAACAUGACACGUUUACGGCUGUCCCAUUGGUUAAACCUCUAAGCCUCUGACUUGGUGUCUACACGAUGAAGCUAGCUUUUGAAAUUUGAAAUGUGUGCACUGACCCCCAGUUUGAUCAAACUCCCAGUAUAAAAUUUGUUUUUCAAAGAGAUGGCUAAUUAAGCAAGAAAUUGUUUCAUUACUUUGGAAGAAUAGCCUUAGAUGUUUAGAUUUUACUGUUCCCCCAUAAAUAAGGGAAGAUUUAGCCAUCGCUGGGGUAUUUUAGAAUCCUAAGGACAUCGGAAUGAAAUCCUAGUUGUCAAGAUCCUAUAAACAAUGACAUUUCUUCAGUUUUGCUUCAACAUGUGGAAAAGAUUUCAUUUUUAUCAUUUCAAACCAAUUAAACAUUCUGGGUGAAACAGGUAACUCAAUUUAUUUGCCUAUGACCUUUUAGAAAAGUUGUUAAAAUACUGUAUUAUUAAUCUGAAUUUGCAUUGACUAUGUUUUAGUGUAUUUAUAAAUGACGAACACAGUUUUUGAAAUUAAACUUUUUAUUUGCAAUUUUC